GAUGUGAGUUGGAGCCUUUGUUGAGACCCGGAAGCUGUCGACGUGACACGUGACAACACCUGUAGAGACUCACCUGUCCGGUUUGAGCGCAGCUCCAGACCUGCAGGCAAGACGGGAAGUAUGGCGGGGUGUUAAAGCACUGGAGAAAUGGGACCUGCUUUUCUAAUCAGCUGGCUUUGUAUGAACACCGUCCUCCAGACAGGUCAGCUGGCUGUGAUAGAAACAGAGGAGGCUGUGUGGGCAGCAGUGGGAGGCCAAGCCUCUCUAAGCUGCCAUCUCACUGAAGAUAAAGAAGUCCUCCGGAUCACCUGGCAGAAAGUCCUCCCUGAUGGAGAGAUGACCUUUGCCACCUACGCCAAGAUGCUUGGUCCUAGAGUGAGAGCUGGUCUGGAGGAGAAGAUGGAUUUUCAGUACAAAGAUCUGCAGAGCUGCUCCAUGGUGAUCAGGAAGGUUACGGAGCAGGAUGAAGGCUGCUAUCAGUGUUUGUUUAAAACCUAUCCUCUAGGAGCUCUGAUAGGCAGGACCUGCCUCAGACUCUAUGAGCUGCAUGGACCCGUCCUUGAUGUCAGCAGAUCAAGCUCUCCUGCAGGGUCAGUUGUGUCCUGUUCAGCCACAGGUCGACCUGCUCCCACUGUAACACUGACUGCUCCACAGCAGAACCUCAGCUUGUCCCUCUACAACACCACCAGGGUGAGCAACAGCAACGGUACCGUCACCGUCACCACCACAGCUCUGCUGUCAGCUUCCAGCAGCACACAGGUUGGAUGUUCAGUGUCAGUUCUCUCUGCUGCUCCCAGAGAGCUGCUGCUCACCGUUCCUGGACCCUCACACACGUCUGAUCAUGGUCUGGAUGUAGAAUCUGGUUCAACUUACAGAGUUUUUCAAUGGUGUUUAAUCGCUGGACUGGUGGGAAUGCUCUGUGUUGCUGCUGCUUUUAUCAUUGUAAAGGUUGAGAACAGGAAAUCCAGAAGAUUGGAUGAAGACCUUGACUCUCAGCAAUCAUCAGCCAUGGAUGAGCUUCUAGGGAUAUUGGACAGUGGAGACACACACAGGGAGUCUGAAGAUUCACUGGACAAAUCUCUAGUGGAGGAACUCACACCGCUAGCCGUAACAAUAACCCCCGACUGCAGACGACGCAUCAGUGAAGAAGUUAAAGCAGCACUAAGAUAUAACUUUGACCAGGUCAACCUUGAUGAAAACAUACUAACCCACCAGUCUGUGGUGAAAGAGAUGAAGCAGUCAAAACUGAGAUCAAAGGUUGAAGGACAAUAAAUCAUUCAGU